AUGCGUUUCACCUCUCUCUGCGCCGUGCUCGGCGCCGCACUUCUCCCCGUCGCCAGCGCAGCCCCGUGCCGUCCCAGCAAACCCACCUCUGCGCUCGAAACAACCGCGACAACGACCGCCGCCUCCGAAACAUCGGCCGUUGUCUCCGAGACAGGUGCUGCAACCACUAUCGAGUCUUCAGCUACCUACGCCUCCACCAGCGUCAUCGACAUCACCCUCACCGAGACCGCCACUCCCACCGAGAUCACAUCAACCGGCUUCACCACUCUGGUUACGUCUACUGCCGAAUCGACUGUCUCCGAGGAUGCCACCACCACGGCAGAUGCCACCACCACCGUCGCUGAGGAAGCUGGACCUAGCAACUUUGUCCACAACGGCGGCUUUGAGGAUACUAGCAACACGGACUGGGUCGUGAGAACCGCCGAGAUCAAGGAGAGCCGCGCAAAGGCCCGCUCCGGCAAGAGAUACGCUGAACUUAAAGCGACGAACAGUCUGGCGGUUGGAGGCAACCACAUCAACCAGACCAUCAACGGCCUGGACACCAAAAACAUCUACCGCCUCACUUUUUACGUCACUGUCCUCGAUGAGCAACUUUCCGUUGGCAAUGCCAUCUGCUCGAUUGAGGCUAUACAGGGUAGCGAACUGAUUCAGACGUGGCGUCUUGAGUACGAUAACCUCGGCGAGUACGUCGAACGUACAGUCGACUUCAUUCCCGUCGCCGAUGGAUUCGAGUUCGAUCUCAGACUCCGCUGCACUCAGGAGAACAAGGUUACCCUGACUGUCGCCCUUGAUGAUGUCUCUAUCACCGAUCAAGGUCCAGCACCGGCACCGACCAAUUAA